AUGCAAAGUUACAAAGGCUUCAGGAAAAAUGCACAUCUACCACAACACUUUUUUUGUCAACAUGUAUCAACUUUAAACAAAAAAAACCGCUUCAUCAGUUGCGAAGACGAGAAAAGAGCACGAAAAAUAGUACAGCACGUUUAUACUACCUUGGUAGCUACCUAUCACACUAAUCACAACGGUCAGAAGAACACACAAAAUGAACCCACACCGAUAUCCCUGAAAAGAUUAAUCUCUUCCUCUUUGUUACGUAAAAUAAAAAAAGCGCACAACUCCACGAAUACUGAAGUAGCUAAGGAGAACACCCCCUUGGUCUGUGGGCUACCUGGAAGUAGAAAGUACACUACUGCUGCCCCGCAUGACCUCCAACGUAGGUUUUACCACCCCCAGAACUAUCUACCAACAAAUGGGCCAACCGUAAACGGCGCGCACCACCAUUUUAGCUACACACAUAGCACCCGGAAGGUGGGUGCUCCCCAGAACAGCUCCCCCCAUGCAGCAAAACGCAACACAAGAGAUGGCAAAAAUGAAGAGCAUCAUCGGGGAGUUGUUCACCCCACGAAGUAUGCCAUGUACAAUGGUGUGGUGCAUCCGGCGCAUUACCCCCUCCAAAGGGACAUAGCAAACAAGUGUCUACACCUAUGUGUGUCUCCGAAAUGGUUUGGCACGAAGGUGGGGAAGGAGAGUCAAGGGGAAAGAGCCGCGUCCCGGGACAAAGCUGAGAAGAAGGGGGACGAAUCUGAAUGGGGCGCUUACAAGAACGAUCACACCGAGAGUAACAGUUCCACCGCUCACGACAUCCCCAUGCAAGAACGCCCAAACGCCCCACAUGAAGAAUACGAAAAUCUAAAAAUAAAAGAACUGGAAAAUAUAUUGCACAAUCUGGAAAAAAUAAACGAAAAUAAAAACAGCAAAAUAAAUAUCAACAUAAAAAUCCUAGUGUACGUGUUUAAAAAUUUUAUAUACAAAAAUAAAGAGUUAAAAAUAAAAAUUUUUUUCUCCUUCAUUUUUUUACUAUGUUCAAAAAUAUCCAUUAUAUAUACCCCAAUUCUCCUGUCUUCCUUUAUUGAAAAUGUUAAUUUGGAAAAGAGUUUGAAUCACCAGUUGGAUGGAUCGCUGUUAUCGAGCAACUCAAGUGUAAUGAUUCUUAUGGCCUAUGUCCUUUCACGUGUCCUAUCAUCAAGCUUAAACGAAUUGAGAAACAGCGUCUUUAACACCAUAAGUCAGAGAAUUUCCACCUACGUGAGUAAAUUAUUUUUUUAUAAAAUUCACAACUUAAACCUGAGUUAUAUAUUCUCCAAAAAAAAUGGAGAAUUGUCCUUCAUUUUUAACAGAGGAUGUAAAAGCAUCACCAACUUGCUCAACGUGUUGGUGUUUCAAAUUAUUCCAAUAAUUAUCGAAUUUGUUUUAUACCUCUACAUAUUAACAUACAAAAUACACUAUAGCGUUUCUCUCGUUACAUGCUUGAAUAUGUUUUUGUACAUCCUCUUUACUACCCUCGUCACCAAAAGAAGAACCAUCAUCAGGAAAUUUAUGAACAAGUCAGAACAAAACACGUUUAAUAUUUUUUUAGAUUCAAUCCAAAAUAUCGAACAAGUAAAAUACUACACAAACGAAAUGCACGAAUUAAAAAAAUUUAUAAAAGAGCAAAAGAAAUAUGAAAGAGAAGCCAUCAAUGUGCAGAAAUCUUUAUCCGUCCUAAAUUUUGGCCAGCAGAUUAUCCUUAAUUUUAAUCUUUUCCUAUGUCUUUAUCUAACCUAUAUAAAUAUCGCUAAUGAUGUUUUCCCCUUCAGUUACCUUAUCCUCGUGAAUACACUUCUCUUUCAGCUAGCUAUGCCCCUAAACAUGUUUGGAACCAUCUACCGGGAAACCAAACUCAGCCUUGUAGACAUAGAAUGCAUGAUCAAAAUUCUUGUCAAAAAAAUUCAGGCGCUAGAUUAUUCCAGCAAAUUAGAAAUACAAAGUGGAAACAUCAAAUUUGAAAACGUCUCGUUUAAGUAUCCCCACAUGGAGGAAAAUAAUGAGUCGGACUUUCGAACAAGUGAGCAAGCCACACAGGAUGGACUACCUCCAAGAAGCAUAUCCAAACUAGCUCAAUUCUUCAAAAAGAUGAAAGAUAAGUUUUUCUUCCCCCAAAAUUGGCUCAAUUCAGGGGAGCGGCCAAUUCCCCCCAUGAGUGAUGAAAUCAAGAACAACUUAAAGAACGCACUUAGGGAUAGCGUACAAACCACAUCUCUCACCUCCAAAACGAGUAAAGACAAUAACGACAAAAAUCAAAAAGAAAAUAAUUACAUCUUCCAAAACUUCACAUGUAACAUACAGAAUGGAGAAAAAGUAGCCAUCAUAGGGAAAAGCGGACUGGGAAAAAGUACCCUCAUAAAAUUGCUCCUCAAAUUUUAUGAAAUAAACAGUGGAAAUAUUUACAUUGAUAAUAAAAAUAUCGAAAACAUUAAUUUGUACACCUUGCGAAAAAGCAUAAGUGUAGUUCCGCAAGACACCAUCCUUUUCAACAACACCAUUUCCUACAACAUCAAGUAUGGAAAUUUUCAAUGUACAGAUAAACAAAUGAUUGAUGCUUGCAUCCAGUCAGAAUUGCAUGAAAAAAUUUUACAAAUGGAUAAACAGUAUGAUACUCUUGUUGGGGAAAGAGGCACCAAAUUAUCCAUUGGAGAAAAACAAAGAAUUUGCAUAGCUAGAUGCUUUUUAAAAAAUUCAAAAAUUAUCGUCCUUGAUGAACAUGCAAGCAAUUUGGACAAUGAAAAUAAAAAAUCCAUAGAAAAAGCUCUACAGAAAUUAUGCCAUGGUAAAACCACCUUUGUUAUUACACACGUCAUGGAAAAUCUUCAAACCAUGGACAAAAUUAUUUUCUUCAGUGGGAAUAACAUCUUCGUUGGAAACCACAACGAGUUGAUGAUUGCAAACCCUUCCUACCAGGAGUUCUUCAACUCAAGGAACAAUCAGCCAUUGUGA